CCAAUCUAGCUUAGCUCCUGUAGCAAGAAAGAAGCGAUGUCUGGGGUAUGGGUGUUCGAGGACGGGAUCGUGCGACGGGCAGACAGCGACCCGCCCGGCGGGAGCCGCGGCGGCGCGGGCGGCGGGUCGCGGCCGAACAAGGUGCUGGUGCAUGUGCCGAGCGGCGAGGUGGUGACGUCGUACGACGUGCUGGAGCGGCGGCUGCGGGAGCUGGGGUGGGAGAGGUACGUCUAUGACCCCUGCCUGCUGCAGUUCCAUCAGCGCUCCACCGUGCACCUCAUCACCGUGCCCCGCGACUUUGCCCGCCUCAAGCUCGUCCACAUGUACGACGUAGUCGUCAAGACGCGCAACGUCUUCGAGGUCCGCGACGCCAGCUCCUGAUCGAUUGAUCAUGAUCCCUGCCGCUGCCGAAGCCGCCAUCUUCGUCCUCAUCGGUGCUUGCUGGGCGGCCGGCCUGCAGCCUUAUAUCAGCGUACGUACGUGUGUAUUGUAUGUUUGUGCGAGUCAACAAGAAGAGUACGUGUGAUAUGGCGGCGUGUGCGCUCGCGUGGCCGGUUUGCAUGGACUCCUACGUGGUUUGGCGCUAAUUAAUUAAUACGAGCGCACCGCGUUAAACUAUGGAUACAGUGUUUGGUUUUGUGGACGUGUUUUCUGUCAGAACGAUUUGUACAUAUAUAGAAUGAUUUAAUAUGGUCAUGUAUAAUUUGUCAAAGUAUUUUUUUAUCUUUUGCGAAUCAUGAUUUGUCGAAGCUUGGGUGAUAAAUUGUGUGGUACAAAUCAAUCAUUUCGUGGUUAUGGAAUGAGAAAUAAUGGAGAAAAUAAAUUUUUCUA